UCACCUGUGGGACACUUCUGACCUUCAUUGCACACCAGAGGCCCGCCACAACAUAGAUGCAACCACACAAACCCUCAUCAUGGAUCUGAUGGGACACUAUACCGCACCACUGUAUUCACCUGCAGUCAGCUGGCUGUGCUCGACUCUUCAAUGACAAGCAAGAAGCUCCAUGCUGGCAGGACACAGAGGGAUCUGAAAGAGUCAGAGCAGUUCUCCCAGCGUGAUCCUAGAGAGAAGAUUCUGGCAGUCCAGAAUGAUGCAACAGAUCUUGAGAGACAUGUUUGUAGAUCCAGAGCUUCUGGCUGAACUAAAUGAGGAGCAGAGGCAGAUUCUUUUCUACAAAAUACGUCAGGAGCAGGUGCGACGAUGGACAGAGUGUGAGAGCCAUGAAGGAGGCUGGGAAAGACCCCUGACCAACUUUACUAGGCCUUCAUAAAACAGAAAGAGUGUACAGUGGCUGCAGGGCAGAGAUGGCGAGGUGUGGGUCUGGGUAAUGGGGGACGCCCCUGGAGACAAACCAUACGAGAUGAUUGUCAAAGAACUGAUGGAGGAGAGAGCCAGGCGACAGGCUCAACUAGAAGCCCAAGAGCUGUGGCGGAAGAAAGAAGAAGAAAUAAAGCAAAAGUUCAGAGAUGCCAUCACAAAGGAAAAAGCUCGCUUAGUUGCAGGAAAGUGGAAGGAAGAAGCUGAGGACAGGAAGGCAGCCAAACAGGAGGAGGAACGGAUACGGGAGAUACUAAAGAAACAAGAGGAGGAGGAGAGGCAGAGGGAAGAGGAGGAGAUACGACAUGCAGAGGAAAAAAGGGCGAAGGAACUAUAUAUGUCCCUUGAGCAAGAACAAAAAAAAAGUGAACAACGUGACAAAGAGUGGGAGGAACAAUUACGUCGCUCAAAAGAAGCUGAUGAGGAGAAGACAAGAAAGGCUCGCUGGGCAAGAGAUGAGUAUAAGCGCCAGUCACUACGGGCCAUAGAGAAAGGCCACGUUGCUGGCCUGAGUGGCCAUUUCCAGAAACAGUCCCACCGGAGACACAGUACUUUCAUUGAACCAUCUGUUAGUUCUGUUUCUAGUAAUGAAGUCCGUCCCAGACCCAGCCUUCAGCGUGCAGAACCCCCUCUCUACCGGCGCAGGCAAAGCCGCAGACAUAGUACAACAGCAACACAACCACUAAUGGACAGCCCUGCAUGGGUGCGAACACCACGGCCCAGUUCCAGGGAAAUGGUUAUUCUCUGGUUCACUGAAGAGCAGAAACCAAAACAAGCGGGAUAUGAACGGAAUGGCAAUGCUAUCGCACCGUGGUUCCACGGUAUCAUCUCCCGAGAGGACUCCGAGACACUGCUUAUGAAUGCUGCUGAGGGCUCUUUCUUGGUACGGGUCAGUGAGAGGAUAUGGGGCUACACACUGUCCUAUCGCACAGCCAGCGGUUUCAAGCAUUUCCUUAUCGAUGCUUCGGGGGACUAUUACAGCUUUCUGGGUGUGGACCAAAACCGUCAUGCCACCCUUGCUGACCUCAUCGACUUCCACAAGGAGGAAAUCAUCACAACUACAGGGAAAGAGCUGCUGAUGGAGGCCUGCAAGCGGACUGGGCCCUCUGUGGAUUUCGGAGGGCUUUUCCCAUGAUUCCUUACAUGCUAAAGACUUCAAAGGCCAGUCUCUGUAGGGUAUCUAAUGUAGCAGGGUGUUCACUUCAUUUCAAAGAACAUGGUAAAAAAACAAGAUUUCUGGUCCUCAUGUUCUGCCUCUGAGUUAAAGUGCCUUAUGAUCAGGCCUCAACGGAAAGACUUUUUUUCUGUGGAAAAUAUGUAAGAAUUCUUAUUUCAAACAUUGUGAAUGUG